ACUUCGUUCUCUGAUUCGCUGUGUGGUGCUACAGUGGCCCCAUACCAAGCUGUUUUAGCGUGAAAUAAGCUGGAGAUUCAAGGGUGACUCCCCGUCAUUUUGGUCAGCCAUGUUCCGGCAAAUUACCCGCAACGCCGGCGCUGCCCCGCCAUGAAACCCAAUAGAGGGGCAAUUGUCGGGGACAAGAUGCGAUUGCUGUCGGUCCUUUUUAGAGGCCUGACAGAAGGUUAAAAUCUCCUGCGCUCCCUCGGUCGUUCCUGGUUCUGUCCCUCACCCAAACAGCCCGAUAGCGAGAGAUAAACAUCAGCCACUUGCAAAACAACAGCCAUGGCGUCGUCAACUCCGUACACGGUGAGGUGGGGUAUCAUGGCAACGGGGUGGAUCGCCGAAGUCUUCACCAAGGACCUCCUCGCCGACCCGGCGAUUCGCAAUGUUCACGACGUGCGCCACGAGGUCGUUGCCGUAUCCUCGUCCAGCUCCAAGGACAGGGCCGCCGAGUUCAUCCAGAAGGUCAAGGCGCCGAGUUCCGCCAAAGCCUACGGCUCUUACCACGAGCUGGUGGCCGACCCCGACGUCGACAUCAUCUAUGUCGCCACGCCCCACAGCCACCACUUCCAGAACGCCAUGCUGGCCCUCGAGGCCGGCAAGAAUGUGCUCUGCGAGAAGGCCCUGACGGUGACGGCGUCCCAAGCGCGCAAGCUGGUCGAGAUGGCUCGCGAAAAAGGCGUCUUCUUCAUGGAGGCCGUGUGGACACGCUACUUCCCCUUGAGCAUUCAGGUCAGGAAGCUGAUCGCGGACGGAGCGAUUGGCAAUGUCUACCGUACCAUUGCCGACCUGUCGCUUGGCAAUGAUAUGCCCGACGGCAAGGUGAAAUUCGACGACUCGCACCGCAUGGUCAACCCCGCCCUGGCCGGCGGCGCCCUCUUGGAUCUGGGUAUCUACUCCCUGACCUGGGUGUUCCAGACGCUGUACCAUGUUCAGCCCGAGGAGGAGAAGGAGGCACCUACCGUCGUGGCGGCCGUGAACAAGUACCACACCGGCGCCGACGAGGCGACUACCGUCAUUGUGCAGUUCCCCAAGCACAGAAGCCAGGGCAUCGCCAUGACGUCGCUGCGCGUGGCCAGCGACGUGGACGGGCAAAGCGGCGCCGCCAUCCGCAUCCAGGGUUCCGCGGGCGAGAUCCAGGUCAUGCACCCCGCGUACUGCCCGCUGCAGUACAAGGUCAUUAAGAAGGGGGGCGGUGCCGAGGUGGUCGACUGCCCGAUCCCCAAGGACGAGAGCGGCUGGGGCCAAGGCAUGUUCUGGGAGGCCGACGAGUGCGCGCGCUGCCUGCGGGAUGGGCAAAAGGAGAGCAAGGGCCUGCCGUGGAGCGAGAGCGUCGUCAUCAUGGAGGUGAUGGAGGAGGCGCUGCGGCAGGGCGGCGUCGUGUACCCCGAGGUCAUCACCAAUGAUGUGUACGACGCGCAGAACCCGCUCAACACUGGCAAGCGGUAAGGCUCGGAUGGGUAGGCUGCUGAGUUCGUGGGUUGACGGGACGGGUUGGGCUCCGGCAAGGCUGAAGCAUCAGAGCCAGGUUUUUGUUGUCUUCGAAUCUGGCAACGGAUGGGUAGGCAGUCAAUCAGCCAGAGAUGUGACGUGCCCCGAUGUUUCAGAAGGGCAGACAAUGGCAUUGGGCUCGGAGAAAUGUGAUCCAAUGCGUGAGCAGCCAACCAGAUGCUUCUGUGCCUGUGUGCCCACCCAUUUUGGUUCACCCCCCGCCGUCGCCGGAUUAAGACGCUCGUACAGAGUUGGGUUAGGAAGUGCAGAGUGACACGAUCAGUACCUGGUAGGUCGGUCGACUGGUGUCGGGCAUCCAGGCACAAUCGGACUGG